AUGAGAAGUAAGAUGAAGACUAAUACCUUCAUCUUUGCGAGUCUCUUUCUUGCAGGCUCUGUGGCUGCUAGACCUCAUAACCACAAUCAUGCUAGCCGCGUGGAGAAACGCGCCUAUGUAACUGAUACCAUUGUUGUUAAGGUUCCUGAGGUCAUUAACUGGGUUGAUAAUACUGGUAGUACUAUCACUAUUGAGACCAAGGGGGAUAUAAAGACGUUUACCAGGGUCCAUCCAACCCCUAACAAUGGUGAUAUUGGCACUAUCGCUACUCCUAAUACCCCUACCAUGGCCACUCCUACGGUUACCAAUAUACCCACUUCUCCAUUCACCUCUGUCUCCAAGCCAACCCCUACUACUGAGAUGAAGAUCCCUGAACUAAAGCCCACGGAAACCAACCCAACUGGGCCGAAGGCCACGAUCAUCAAGCCUACUCAGCCCGUGAUUACAGAGCCAAAGAUGACUGAUAAGCUAACUGGAGUGAAGCCAGUUGAACCAACAAUGACUGAGCCAAAGACCACAGAGGCCAAGCCACAUGAGCCUACCAUUACGGGUCCAGAGACCACGGCUAAAUUAACUGAAAUCAAAUCUACUGGGCCUACGACCACUAGAGUGAGCCCAACUGAAGCUGGGCCUACAGAUUCGAAGACCACUUCUGCUCAGACUUUAACUCCAAGCAAGUCUUCAAAUGUACCAAAGACACCCCACAAACCUCCAGCUCCUACUGUCUCGCCUCCUAAGAACCCUGCUGAAGAAGGGAAGCCUGGAAACGGAUUUGGAAUAUGCUAUGCGCCAUAUACUGCUGCUGGAAAAUGUAAGACCCAAGAUCAAGUCAACGUAGACUUUGCAAAGCUAAAUGAGUAUGGAAUUGUUCGUUCCUAUGGUAUUGACUGCAACCAAAUUGCAAUGAUGCUCAGUGCAGCAAAGAUCUACAACAAGAAAGUUAUGCUUGGGCUAUUCACCAUUCAGAAUAUCGAUUCUGAGUUGAACAUCUUUCUUGCCGCCGCAAAGAACAACUGGUCAUACAUUUACGCCGUUGCCAUUGGCAAUGAGGUUGUCAACACCGGGAAAUCAUCAGCUGAUGCCCUCGCCAAUGCCGUCAACCAUUCCCGUGCUGUUCUUCGCUCCAAUGGAUACAACGGCCCAGUCGUAGCCGUCGACACCGUCAAUGCUAUGGUCGCUCACCCUGAAAUCUGCCACGCAUCUGAUUUCUGUGCUGUCAACAUCCACCCGUUCUUUGAUCCUCAUACUUCCGCCGCUGAAGCUGGACAGUUUGUUAGAGAGCAGUCUAAGGCCGUUUCUAAUGCAGUACAUGGAGCCAAGCGAGUUAUUGUCACUGAAACCGGAUGGCCUCACGGCGGUUAUGGAAAUGGAGAAGCACUUCCGUCACGAGAGAAUCAACGUAUUGCUAUCGAGAGCUUGAAGCAGGCGUACAAAGAUACCAAUGGAGAGCUGAUGUUGUUCUCCGCCUUCGAUGAUCCAUGGAAGGUAGACGGCCCUAACACUUUCGGCGCAGAGAAGUACUGGGGUAUGCAGUGA